UUUUCCAGUUCCGGAAUUUUAAGAUCAUUUACCGACGUUACGCGGGACUUUAUUUCUGCAUCUGUGUGGAUGUGACCGAUAACAACCUGGCUUACCUGGAAGCCAUCCACAAUUUCGUGGAGGUCCUCAAUGAGUAUUUCCACAAUGUGUGCGAGCUGGAUUUGGUCUUCAAUUUCUAUAAGGUCUACACGACGAUGGCUGAGAUCUUCCUGGUUGGUGCGUGGAGCUCCUGUCCCAUUUCCAUGUAGAAUUAUGAGGGGAUUUUAUGGGGCUUGGGGGAUUUUA